AUGGGUAAUAUGAAUUAUGCUCGAGCUUACCACACGGCAUCCGUAUUAGCCAAUGGAAAAGUAUUAGUUGCUGGUGGACAAAAUAGUGGUGGUAUUUUGAGUAGUGCUGAAUUAUAUGAUCCAUCAACAGGAAUGUGGUCAAUUACUGGUAGUAUGAAUUAUGCUCGAUAUUAUCAUACAGCAUCUGUCUUAACGAAUGGAACAGUGUUAGUUGCUGGUGGAUACGAUAGUAGUAGUUCUUGGAAUAGUGCUGAAUUGUAUAAUCCAUCAACAGGUGUGUGGACAAUGACUAGCAGUAUGAAUUACACUCGAUAUCAACACUCAAUGACCACAUUAACAAAUGGAAAAGUAUUAGUGGCUGGUGGAUGGAAUGGUAAUUAUUUAAAUAGUGCUGAAGUGUAUAAUCCAUCAACAGGAACUUGGACAACUACUGGUAACAUGAACAGUAAACGACAUUUACAUGCAGGAUCCAUCUUAAAAAAUGGAACAGUGUUAGUAACUGCUGGAUAUUAUGGUGCAACUUUGAAUAGAACUGAAUUAUAUAAUCCAUCAGCAGGAGUGUGGACAACCAUCAGCAGCACGAACUACCCUCGAGAUGAACACACAGCAUCCGUUUUAACAAAUGAAAAAGUAUUAGUUGUUGGUGGACAAAAUAGUGGUAGUAGAUUGAAUAGUGCUGAAUUGUAUGAUCCAUCAACAGGAGUCUGGACAAUCACUGCUAGUAUGAAUUAUGCUCGAUAUCGUCAUACAGCAUCCGUAUUAACAAAUGGAACGGUGUUAGUUACUGGUGGAUGGUAUGCUAGUCCUUUGAAUAUAGCUGAAGUAUAUAAUCCAUUGACCGGAGUGUGGACAAUCAUUGGUAAUAUGACUUCUUCUCGAUAUGCACACACAGCAUCCGUCUUAGCAAAUGGAAAAGUAUUAGUUGUCGGUGGUAGGAAUACUGGUGGUUAUCUGAAUAGUUCAGAGAUGUACCAAUCAUAACAAACAAAUAAAAAAUAAACUGUUUUCUCUUUUUUUCUAAUAACUAAUUUUGUUUAUAACAAUCCUUUUCGUAUCAGAAUUAUUUUGGUCUACUAACAAUUCAAAUUUUCUUUUUAACCUUUAAUGUUUCCAUUAUACCUUUAUUAAAUUCAUCUUAUCACAAGAAAAUCUUUUAUUUUCUCUAUUCUUCAAGAAUAGUUUAAUGUUAAAUAAAGUGUCUAAUGAAAAAAGUUUCUACUCUCAUAACUGAUUUUUUUUUCUAGUCUGUCAGAUUUCAACAACUGUUCGAUAUUUAAAAAGCACCAAAGGCACUUUCUUCUAAUUAAUCUUGUCAUUAUAGAGAAAGCAAUUGUUUUCUAUUGAAAUUUUGGAUGUAUGCAAGACAAGUAUUUAAUUCAUUUCCAACAAUAUUUUACAAUGAAAUAAAGAGGGUGUGGGUGUGGGUGUAGGUGUGGGUGUGAGUAUGGAUCUCAAUAAAGGGAAGAUUAACAUCCACACCCACACCCACACCCACACCCACACCCACACCCACACCCACACCCACACCCA